CCCAAAUAAUCCGCGGCUUACCAGCCGAGGAUUGCCGCAGGGUGUUUAGUGCGGAUUUCAUCCCGUUAAAAAAAAGUUAUUGGCUGUGACUCUGAGAUGUUCUCUGCGCACUGGAAUCGAUUGGAGGCGAAAGCUUGCGCGGCAGGGAAAAUAGAUUUGCGCAUUUGCAACUGGGUCCGUUAAAUAAUGGUCAUCUGUUAACCAAAAUGUCUUGAAAGUGUUGCUGUUAAGAUCACUAAAAACUUUUGCAUUGGAAAGUCUCGGCGAAAAUCGAUUAUUGUGAGAAAUAUUUAUUAGGUUAUUUCGUCUUUUUCUUUUUACGAAGGCAGUAUCUGGGUAACAUUAAACACUCUGGAUAUUCAAGUAAAGGCCAUAGACAGCCUCACCAUGCCGGCAAUUUUGGCUGGACCCAAGUCCAGACCCACUUCUGGGCUUCCAAAGCCAACCAUUCCCAGCAGCUCCUUGCCAACUUUGAGCAUGGAGAGGAGGUCUCUUCCACAGCCAAGCAUUCGACCAGCUUACACGAGCCAAGUUUUCUCAACAAAACCUCCGCUUCCAGCUGGGGGUCAACCUGGGCCAGGAAGAAUGCUCUACAGCAGCCAGCUCUCAGAAGUGAAGCCUAUCCUUUCUGUCGGUGGUCUGGGACAUCAGUCUGGGAUGGAGAGAAGAAACUCAACCCAGAGGCCAUUUUCCAAAGAAUCUCCUGAGGUGGAUGAUCUGCACAGUGUUAAGACACUGUCAGACAAACCAUCACCCGGCAGCCAGAUACCUGCAAUUAAACCAAGCUCUCUCUGUACGGGUCAAGGGACUGUAUUGACCGACAAGCCUGAAGUGGAAAAAACAAAACCACAUCACCGCCCGACGGUCCGAUUUGCUGAACCGAUUGAAAGUUUCAGCCCAUCUGAUGACGAGACGGAUUUGGACUCGAAACCUCCUUUUGGUGGUUCCCAAGCUUUGGUUUCUGAAAAGAGUGGUACUCUUGCUGACAGUAAAGUCAACACUGAAGGGCAUUGUUUAACAUCUUCUGACUCGAAGCAACCUAAGGAAAGCCAAGUCGUGUCUGUGAAACCUUCCAUUUUGAUAAAUAGUGGAACGAGGUUGGCCGAGAAAUCUCUGCAAGCAGAAAAGCAGGCACCUCCAAUUUGGUCACCUCUCCGUUCCAGCAACAGCGCAGAGCUCGUAGACAUCUACGGCAUGAACGGAGCAGUGGAACGCCCUUGGAAGGAGACGUGCGGUGUUGAGAACUUGGAGGCAGAACAUCUGUUAGGAGAAAAAGCAACCAGAGAUGGUGACGUGCAGAUCUACACCGACUGGGCCAACCACUACUUGGCAAAGUCGGGUCACAAGCGACUGAUCCGAGACCUUCAACAAGACGUCAGUGAUGGUGUUUUGCUGGCGGAGAUUAUCCAAGUUGUGGCCAAUGAGAAGAUUGAAAACAUCAACGGCUGCCCAAGGAGCCAGGCUCAGAUGGUUGAAAACAUUGACGCUUGUCUGAGCUUCUUGGCAUCCAAAGGAGUGAAUAUACAGGGUCUGUCUUCCGAAGAAAUCCGGAAUGGAAAUCUGAAGGCCAUCUUAGGUCUCUUCUUCAGCCUGUCCCGGUACAAGCAGCAGCAGCAACAGGCCCAGAAACAACAACAACAGCAACAACAACAACAGCAGCAGCAGCAGCACCAGGCGGCUCAACAAAAAGCACAACAAGACAUGCAGUCCAGUGCGCCAGGCAGGCACUCUGCUGUGGCCAAACAUGCAGGGGCGACAGCCAGUCAGAAAAAGUCCUCUCGGUUAGCACCUGUGCUCUCUCCCUUUCCUCUCCUGUCCACCUUGCUCGUGCCACCUUGCCUCUUGAAAAGCAUGCCAAAGCUUCAGUUGCUUCUUUCAGGCUGCACUGAACUCAGCCGCCAGUGUUUCGGCUUCUGCUGGAAUAGCGGAAGGAAGAACACGUUUAAAAAGAAAAGAAAAAUAGAGCAAUAAUAUCACUAAAUGUUCAUGCUAUUUAAACGGCCAUCAAUAAAACUUCCCCUGUCCUUGAACAUUUUCUGAAAUUAUCGGUAAAAAUGUACAGUAAAAUUUCAACCAAGUAAAACAAUGGCUGUUGUGAAUUGCAUGUUAAAUGUAGCAUUUAAAUAGUACAUGUAAAUAACUGCUUAACCUUCUGCAUGUUUACUUAAAAUGCAAAGCAUGAGAAUCACCUACAAGCUGA